GCAGCUUGCAACUUCUCCAGACGAUGGUGACGCUCGAGAUGCAACUCGAGGUGGUUCGAAAGGAGCACGACGCAGUGUGCAAGACAUGGAGUGACCGUGAUCGGUUGCGAGGAAUGGAACAGGAGUGGGAGCGGGCACGCCAGGGAUUGAUGCCUCUUGGGCAGAGGAAGUCUUACAAGGCCGAGGCCGCGACUAUACAGCAUCCGGAUGCGGGCAUGGUGAGCGCGGGCGGCGAGGCGAAUGCGACCAAUCCCCGUUUCAAUGAGAAACCUCAGCUCAACGAGGUCAACUGGCAAACCUUCAUACGCCCCCUCCAUUCCGACUCUCGCCUCCCCAUAUUUGCAAUUGACAUACUUAAAGGCGAUCCGAUGGUCACCUGGGAAGCACCCACGUCCACGUACUUCGGCAUUCCUAGCAGCAACAGGAUCGAAUCCCACGCUACGGGUGCGGACGAAAAGGCCAAGCUGCGUAAUGCCGCUGCCAGCUCUAAGCAGCCCGACUUGAAGGGCCAGGCUGUGAUUCCCGAGCGGAUCCGGAUCAAUUCCGCACACAUAUGUCGAAUCCUAGGAUCAAUCGCCGGUCGUGAAAUCGACGCACCUGCGGUGAUGAUCAGACCCUACAAGGCUCUCGCCUAUUAUGACGACGCUAUCCGGCGGAAGUUUGCAGAGCUCGAGGCUAGGUUUGGGAAAGCCAAAGCCGACACGGCGGAGGCCACCAAUCUUGAAGACCACCGUGGCUCGCCAGAAGCAGAAAGAAGCAAUGUGGAUGGUGAGCUGGAGAAUGACGGCGAAAUGGACGAACUUACUUACUCCCCGGCCGCAUAUGAGCAUCUGGGCUGCUUGUUGGCUCUCAUGGACGGGCGGCUGAAAGCCAAGAUUGACUAUCUCUUCGACAAUGGCUGCCAGAGUGUCUCAUUCUCCGACAUCUGGUAUUUGUUUAAACCGGGCGACGAGGUAAUCGAGCAAAGUAGACACCAAGUCUAUCGGAUCAUCUCAAUCUCUAGUGCACCGCACAAGGUUUUUUCCCCAUACCAAAGGAGCUGGGAUAAAAACGCGCGGGCGAAGGAGGAGACACCUGUGAUUCUGAAGUGUGUGUACAUCGACUUCGAUGGCAAGGAGCUGGGACCCAUCAUCCGCACCAUCAGAAUCGCCAAAUUCGAGGGCGAGAAGGCAGUGACCGCCCUGGAGGUUUACCCUCUGCGGUUUGCAGAGGAAAAGAAGGCAGUCAUCGAGGACCGGAGCCUCACCGCAACCAAGAACCCAGGAGAGCUGACUUUGCGAGACAAGAUGAUCAGCCGGGGCAGGAUGUUUUUGCACGUAACCGACUUCAAACACAUGCACUACAGCGGCCUCACUAUCGACACGCGGGAUGAAGUAGACAGCCAUGUCGUCGUCGACUUCGAGGAGGCCUUUUCCCACGCUGCCAAAACCUUUGAUCAUCCCAGGAAUCGAGUGCCGGGCCAGGAUGACGCAGAGGCAUGGAGACCGGAGCUCAAGUUCCUGAUUGGGGAGUCGCUUGACGAGGGGUUUGACGACGAGGAAGCUUGCACUUCUGCUUGCUGCUACCCGAUGGCCACGAUGAUCUACAAGGACGCCGACACAGAGAAGAAGCGAAACGCGGACUACAUGACCUUCCUCAAAACCGAAAAUGGACAGCGGGAUCCAUCCCCAGCGAUAUAUCCCCGCCCACUCGCGGAGGUUAAAGGACAAAAAAAUCCGCUGUCCAACGAAGAGCUGCUGAUUAUGUCCUACCGUGUUUUCGGCUUCAUUUUACGGACUCGGAAAUGGGCCCAACUCAGCCUCGAUCAUCUCACUCUUCCUUCGUUCAAGCAGGAGAGUGUGAAGAAAGGGGCCGAUGCAGUUUCAACGCAAGAAGGAAACACGACCGAGUCGGACGGAACUGGCACCAAUCACAAUCUGUUAGAGACGGAGCAUGGGGCGGAGGACAACAAGACAGCGUUCGAACAGCUUGUCCUCCCCCGCGGCCACAAAGAGAUGGUGACUUCGCUGGUCACCCAGCAUUUUCGGGACAAGACCUCUGGAGGCAACGCGGACAUUGUCCGUGGCAAAGGGAAGGGUCUGAUCAUACUUCUCCACGGCGCACCUGGCGUGGGAAAGACAACGACGGCAGAGGGGGUCGCCGAGAUGUUUGAGAAGCCACUGUUCCAGAUGACCUGCGGUGAUUUGGGGACAUCGGCGCCAGAAGUCGAGAAGGCUCUGGAGUCGCAUUUCUCACUGGCAAACAGGUGGGGAUGCGUCCUCCUCUUGGACGAGGCAGACGUCUUCUUAGCGGCUCGACAGAAAGAAGACUUUGUCCGGAAUGGCCUCGUCUCUGUCUUCUUGCGAGUCCUCGAGUACUACGCGGGUAUCUUAUUUCUGACGACAAAUCGAGUUGGCGACUUCGACGAGGCCUUCGCGUCGCGGAUUCACAUCAGCCUGUAUUAUCCCCACCUCACCUUGGAGAACACCGAAGCCAUCUUCAAUCUAAACUUCGAUACCAUCGAGGAACGCUUCACCGCAUCGGGGAGGAAGAUCCAGAUCGAAAAGGAGAGUAUCCUUGCCCGCGCUAGGGCUCACUUUGAAGCACAUCCCAAGGAGAGGUGGAACGGGCGGCAGAUCCGGAAUGCCUGCCAGACGGCGCUCGCGCUGGCCGAGUUUCGAGCUCAGGGUGGCAGCCACUUGUGUGUUGCUGAUCCCAAAGCCGUGGUCGAGCUCAAGGUGGACGAUCUCCAGGUCGUGUCGGACGCGUAUUUGCAGUUCAUGAACUACCUCAACGACGUCCGCGGCAAGGACGUCGACCUGUGGGCCAAGGCCAUGAAGCUGCGCCUGGGGCGAGAGUUCGAUCUCAUGUUGUACGCCGAGGCCAAGAACAAGGACCCGGCCACGCUUGCGAGCGAGGGAAAGCAGCGGGAGACGGCGCAUCCGGACCGGGCGCGCGCCGCGACCGCGACGUCUCCUUCGGUCGCGGGGCCGGCACUCACGACGCCGCCGCACAUCUCGCACUACCCACCUCCUCCGCCACCCCCUGCAGCCCACGUUCCUGGCGCCGCUGCUCCGCCGCCUGGAUACCCGCCAGCAGGGCAGCAUCAGCCACCGUACGCCCAGGGGCAGGGCUUCGCGCCGCAGCCGGCCUACCCCUACCAGUCGUCGUAUGGCUAUGCAGGAUACCCGCCGCCACCUCCCCAGCCGAUGGGGCCCCCGCAGCCCGCGGAAAAAGCUUCUGCAUACCCGUCGUCGCCGCCGCCGCCGCCGCCUGCGCCACAGGCACAGGCCACGCAGCCGCCGCCUUACGCGACGCCAGAAUAUGCGGCGUGGUAUCACCAGCAGGUUCACCGGUAGGCGUCUUAGGGAGGAUGAGA